AUGUCCGUACUUUUGGAGACGUCCGCAGGCGACAUCACAAUCGAUCUGUUUGUACAUGACGCUCCCAAGUGCUGCGAGAACUUCCUGAAACUCUGCAAGAUCAAGUACUACAAUUACUCACCCAUCUACAAUGUUCAGCCCAACUUCUCCUUCCAGACUGGUGACCCUAUCGGGCCGGAGUCGAAGGGCAGUGAUGGAGGCGCGUCGAUCUGGAGCCUGCCAGAUGGUGUUACCAAGCGCGUUUCUCAUCCUGAGAGGAGAGUCUUUAAGCCUGAGUUCUCCAAGAAGCGAAAACACGCUCGGCGCGGUACCGUCAGCAUGGCGACAAGUCAAUCUAAGUUAAAUCCUGAUGACCGGCUAGCCAGCAGCCAAUUCCUGAUCACGCUCGGCGACAAUAUUGAGGAUCUGGACGGCAAAGCUGCAGUCUUUGGUGAAGUGGCGGAGGGUUUUGAUGCUCUGGAAAAGAUCAACUCUGCGUUCAUUGACCAGUCCGGCCGCCCACUGCAGGACAUCCGCAUAUUGCAUACUCAUGUCCUAGACGACCCGUACGACGAUCCUCCAGGUCUUGUAGAGCCGCCUUCAAGUCCUGUACCGUCCGCUGAGCAACGUGCAACCGUUCGGAUCGCCUAUGAUGAAGUGCUCGAGCAGAAAGACGAUCCCGAGCAGAUGGAGAAACUCCGACGAGAGCGUGAAGCCCGUGCUCAAGCGCUUACACUUGAACUGAUUGGUGACUUACCAUUUGCGGACGUUACGCCCCCCGAGCAGAUUCUCUUCGUGUGCAAGCUGAAUCCGGUCACCCGAGACGAGGAUCUGGAGCUCAUAUUUUCGCGCUUUGGGAAGAUCCUGUCGUGCGAAGUCAUUAGAGAUCGCAAAACUGGCGAUAGCUUACAGUAUGCGUUCAUCGAGUUUGCGAAGAAGGAAGACUGUGAGCGUGCCUACUUCAAAAUGCAGGGCGUGCUUAUCGAUGACCACCGCAUACACGUAGACUUCUCUCAAAGCGUUUCAAAGCUUUCGAAAGAAUGGCGGAGCACGACUAACUCGAAGACUGCGCGCUCGCGAGGUGGCUUUGGCGGUAUUGACAGUCUAGAGAAGCGCCGACAAUACCGUGGCGUGGAUGGCGGACGAGACGUGGAUGACGAGUAUGACUACAUCUUCGAUAAUGACGAGCGACGACGCGCUAGGAAUCGAAUGGACACGGACAGCAAAGACACGUCACGGCGGCCAAGAUCUAGGAGCCGCAGUCCCAAACGCUACGAGCGCAAUGAGCGCACAAGGGAUGUCCAAGACAAGAAUAGCGACAGAAGGCGCGAAGAGGGUCGGCGGCAUGGAGACCGUGACCGGUACCGUGACAAUAACGAGUAUCGCGACCGCCGCUCACGCUAG